AUGACUCGCAAAAGAGUGCUUAUCAAAAGGCCAAGAGUCUCAGAGCCCAGCGAAAAAAAUACUGAUGAUGGAAAGUUGGUUGAUUUGACGCGUUGCGAUGCAGCGGAAAAUGAAGCCGCUGUUAAGGCGAAGGGGCUUGUUGACAGCCAAUUCCUCAACCCUGCAUACAGCGAUCUGUCUAUCAUCUGCGGCGACAAGGUCUUCCCAGCUCAUCGAAUCAUCGUCUGUCCUCAGUCAAUCUACUUCGAGAAUGCCUGUAAGGCAAAGUUCGAGGGAGACAAAGGAGAAAUCGAAAUAAACGACCGGGACGCGACCUUGGUGGAAAAGAUGCUGCAAUUCGUCUACACAGGCGAUUAUACUUGCGAUACUCCUCCAGAAACAGGAGAACUGGUGACAGCAACGCACUUAUCUCCCACCGUCGACGCGAAAGAAAAGACCGCCCAAAUGAUUGCUCCUGAUUCACACUUUCACGCUCAGAUGUACGCCCAAGGCGACUAUUUUCAGAUCGAGGGUUUAAAAGCUAAGGUGAAGGAACGCUUUGAGAAGACCUUCCUCAACACCGCAAACGAACAUUCCUUUGCCGCGACUGUCAUCGAAGUGUAUACCUUGACAGCAGAGGACGAUCGGGGCCUGAGAGACAUUGUCGUCCAGCUGACGAGAAACAAUCUCCACAGCUCAGGACUGGGCAAGAACCGAUCCUAA